GAAGCAGCAUGUUUUUCGCGAGGACCAGCUGUGUGUGUGGGACAUUGGCGCACGCUGCUGUGUGAAAUCGCAGCAUCAGUUUGAAAAGGGACAAUGAGGAGAGAAGAGAGGACCAUCCAUGCCUAUCCCGCCAGCGUCAAGAAACAUAACACUUCUCAACCUGGGGCAGUCCGUUUACAGGGUAGGCUAGAUUCUGAGAAAGUCUGCUCUGUUUCCGAAUAGCCUACAUGGCUCAAACGGUGCAGCUAUAUUGACAGGUAGCAAAUUUACAUUUUAGUAUCUGGCUUUAUUACCAUAAUUUUGCAUACCGGUAUGCCCCUGGCUGAUAAGCAAGGAGGUGAUCUGUGGAGGAGACACGGCAACUGCACUGCAACGAAGUGAAGUUCACCACCAGCGGCUCUGCAGAUCUUCUGGAGUGAACCAGAGGACACAGACAUCCAACCAAAAGUCCUGAAAACUGCAUCUGAAAACCUGAAGGCCUGACACAAGAACAGGUUAAACCCAGUAUCUGAAUACCUGAAAACAGGACUAUCUGACAGGACUGCCUCGGAAGCUCAGAGGACAGAGUUGUUGACUCUGGGAGCCAACAGAGCUCCAGGAUGGGUGGCUUCGUUGGCUCAGGAUGGAAAAGUUCCCCAUCACCGCAUGACAAAUCACAGUUGUUGCCCAGCAUCCGUUAAAUGAAUGGCUUGACCUGAGUAAGUACUAAGUAUGAGUACAGACAGCCUGAAAGCCAGUAUAAGACAGAUAUAACUAAGGAACAAAAUACUCAUCAUACAUCAAUCCCAGAGUCUGUUAAAUGAAUAGGCUAGACCUGUGUGGCCUGUCUCAGGCUCAGGCGGAGAGGUCCCAGGUGUCUACCUGAGGUUGUUGUUCCGUUUUAUGGAGGCGUUGCACAGCCAUAGCUGCUUGCCGACUGGGGAGCAGUCCGGAGUUCACGACCAGCCUCAGCCAGGAGAGUCUGCUCUGCCUCUCCCAGACCCUCAGCCUCCCAAAUCUCCCUCCUCCCAAAACCAUGAACCGCAGACACAACAGACUCGCUCCAAACAAGGAGGCCCUCAACAACAACAACAACAACAACAGCAACACCAUGGACAACACCACAAACUGCCUAAUAAGCGGCAGCGCAAGCGUCUCAGACAUCAGAGGCAAAGCGUUGAUUCCGACACCCCUCCGGCAGAGGAUGGUAAGCAUGCAAAGGCAGAGGCAACACCAACCAGAGUGGCUCGGACCUCGUCUGGCGGGACCAGGGCGACUCCCUCCUCAUCAUCCACCUCCACCCAGUCUACAGAGGCUCCUGACACAGAGGAGAACCAGGAGGGCACCCUAAAGCAGAAACGGGAGCGUAAGCCUGGAAAACCUGGGAAAUAUGUGUGCUCUUACUGUGGCCGUGCCUGUGCCAAGCCCAGCGUCCUGCAAAAACACAUCCGCUCCCACACCGGAGAGAGGCCCUACCCUUGUGCUCCCUGCGGAUUUUCUUUCAAGACCAAGAGCAAUCUCUACAAGCACCGGAAGUCCCAUACCCACAGGGUGAAGGCCGGCCUCGCCUCUGGAGAGCCCAGUGCUUUAGAAGAACCAGUUCCAGAGUCAGAAGACGAAACUAGACAGCCGUUGUCUGCUGCUUCUUCCAACAUGGAGAGACAAGGCAGUGUAGCCAAUGAGAAAACCCAUGAAGACACUGAGAGGUCUACAGAGCAGUCCAGCGGGAUGGACAACUCCUACGCCGUCAAGAAGAGGCUGGCCAUGCGUUUGAGCCGAGGGAAACGUGGCCCUCUAGGCUCGUCUGACUCGAUCAGUUCCUCGAUGGGUAUGGGGAGUAGAGGCAGCACAGAGUCUGGCUAUUUCUCUCGUUCUGAGAGCACUGAGCAGUCACAGGACAGCCCACCCAACGUAACCAAAAGUGCCAAAAGCUAUGCAGAGAUCAUCCUGGGGAAAUAUGGCCGUCUGGGCCACCUCCAGAGGAUGUCCCGGCAUCAGGACCAGCAGCCUUCUGGAAGCCAGGGACAGCAAGAGAAGAGCAUCCCAUUCACAGUGCCCAAGAAGCAGGUCAUUGACCACAUCACCAACCUCAUCACCAUCAAUGAGGCUGUUGUGGACACAAGUAAGAUCGACAGCGUCAAGCCCAGGAGGUUCUCUCUGUCUAGGAGAAGUAGCACAGAGUCUAAGGUUUCUUUAUCUCUGAAAGAGUCACCUGUAGUCCACCACAGCACCAACAACCCUGGAGACCCAGGCUUUAAGAGCAGUGGUUCCAUCACUAUGGGAGUUCCGUGUGAGAAGUUUCAUCAUCACCAGUCACUACACGUGGAUUCAACGGCAGGCCAGACAUCCACUUCCAUGGCUCCUCUUCUGAGAAGCCUCUCAAUGCCCUCUGCUGCUAGUUCUACUGAUGCCUCCUCUGGCGCCUGUCCACGAAACUUCCGCCUUAGCCAAUCUUUUGAUGAACGGUCUGAAACACAGUCUCGCCACAUUGGGAUGCUACGACGCCAGCCUGCUAUCGAACUAGGUGCUGAAUUCAAUAAAGAGGAACAUAGUUUACACAGUAGCUCCAACACGCUCUACAAUCACAAUAUGUCCAUCGUGCCUCCUGACCAUAAACAAUGUCAACCAGAGCCGUACGAGUGUGAGACCUGUGGCGUUGGAUGUAAGAACUGGGAAGGUUAUAAGGCACACAAGAGGAGUCUGUGUAUAGCACGACUUCCCCAAGAGAGUCUCGGUACAACAAUAUGCCAGCUGGACCGUUCACAGUUGAUACACUAUCCGAUCAACAGACCAGGGGUUUUGGCAAUGCGCAAGAGAAGGAAAGAGGAGAGUUUUGAAUCUGAUGAUCCAUCCUCUCCUGUCUCCAUACCCACCUUGUCCACGUUGGUGCAAGGCAGAGACGAAAGAAGCGUAGCAUGCAAUAGAAACUCAUGGUCACGAUUAGAGCAGGACUGGGGAGGGACAUCGAAAGGUUUCUCAGUGAUUCAACAUACUAGUUCAUUUGAGAAACAGGACACUUUGUUUACAGAGAGUCAAGGUAAAGAGGAGGCACAUAUUCAAUUCCCAUCUCAUGAGGAUGCGUCUCAAAAACAACUGCAGGAACACUCGUCCAAACCAACACCUCGCAAACUGGUGCGCCAACGCAAUGUUCAGGUCCCUGAGAUAUUCAUCACUGAGGAUUCCAACACCAAUGUUAUUGAGUCCGUUCAGACACAGUCAGAAAUGGCCUCCAUAAUGCCUAAACAGACCAAGAGGACAGAGGAGUUCCAGUGGCCACAGAGGAGCCUCACCCUGUCAGGGGUCCCCAUUGAGAAGCUUCCCCCGAAGAAGAAACGAAUUCGCCUUGCCGAGGCCGCCCAGUCUUCAGGGGAGUCCAUGUCCAGCUUUGACUCCAUCUCCCUGCCUCACAGCCCCAGCCAGGACAGUUGCGCAUCCCACGCAUCUAACCGCUCUGCAUCCUUUGAGGAGUCCACCAGACCCGGAGACAUGGAGACCCUGGCUGGGAUACCAUUGAGGAGGUCCAGGGCGCAUAACAUGUUGACCGUCCCAGGGCUGCAUCAUCACAAAAGGGAGAUGCGGCGGUCGGCCUCAGAACAAGCACCUCACGACCCACAGCAGCAGUCUGUCCUGAUGGCGAUGUCGGAGAUGCGGAGCAAGUCCUUUGACUACAGCAGUUUGUCCCCUGAGCGCUCUUCGGCCGGCUGGAGAGACAGACGCAAAUGUCUCCUCAUGAGACACACUCCGGUCAGGGACCCAGAGGAGGAGGAGCAGCCUGCCAAACCUGCAGAACUGAAGCAGAACCCCAGUUCCUGCAUUAUUGCCAAACACACAGCACUAAAGGUGAACAACCCUUCUCACUGCAGCCCCAGUCCUGACCCUGUCAGUCCCAGCACCUUAUCUAGACAAAGCCCAGGUCCGCAACACCUUAGUUCGGCCGCUGGUUCCCCUCUGUCAGGCGUUACAUCCUGUAACCCUGUGCAAACUCUUUGCGGAGAGCCUCCCUCACAAUGGAAACUGGAUCAAAGUAUUCAGUUGACUGGACAUUGCUUUGAAGUUCUACCCUCUCAGAAGUCUGUAGAAUCUCCUGAUCCCCUCCAGAGGGCAGCCCCAUCCCCUCUCUGUUCAGGUAAGCCUGUAAUUAUCUCCCUCCGUCCUGUCCACACCUACAUCCACCCUGCCCAACCCCGGCCUGUCUACCCUCCCCACCCCCUCCACACCCAGUGCCCAUUAGGGAUUGCUAGGGCCCACUACCUUCCAAUAUCCACAGGCCUGAAGCUGGAGAUUCCAGUCCCAACUCACCGUCAUGAUGGACAUUCAGAGUUUGUAACACAUCCUCCGCAGAUCCUCCACCCUCACCCUAACAUCACACUCAGCCCAGAGUUACUCCGGCCCUCCAUAUCACCAGCCGUAGCAGUAGUCCGGCUACAGGCAGACACCAACACCCUAGCCAGUGCCAUAUACACCACUCUGUCCCAAACCACAACAUCUAGGUCCCAGGAACCUGUUUGUUCUGCAUUAAACAGUGGAAAUAGAAAUACCCUAACGUCUGAACAUAACAGCCACCUGGUCAAGACUCUGCCUGUAAGCAUUAAGAGGUUGUCUGAGACUCUGCUACCAGUCAGCCAGUUGACUCUGCCUCCAGGCAACCACUUGGCUUUGCCUCUUCCCCAAGGCAGCCAGUUGUGGUCUGAGGAGGGCUGUAGAUCUUCAGGCUCAGGAAGCUACAAGCGCAUGUUAUCCCCUUCAAACAGUGUCGAUUUUAGCCCUGAGUCUAAACAGCAGCAGAAACGAGUGAAGGAGGAAGAAGAGGAGAGUUGUGUAGGAAACGUAAUCGCAGAAACAUCAACAAAAGAAGAAAAGGUUGAGAUUCCAACAUGUUUACCGAGAGUGUGUACUCCCAUAAGUCCAGAAGGACCUUCAUAUCCAACCCUCCAGUCCACCACCUCUCACAGCUGGUGUUAUCUGAACUACGUCAAGCCAAACCCCUCCACCUCGACUGACCAGCCCUCAGUGUACUCCUCCUGGUCUACCAGCGAGUAUGACUCCAACCCUCCAGGCCUCUCCACCAAGACGGCCCUGUCCCUGUUGGACUGCAAGCAGAGGGUCAGCUACACCAUCUAUACCAUGUCUCCCAUGUCAUCCACCCCGGCAGAGACCACACCAGAGCCUGCCGACAUGAAGACGCCAUGCCCUUCUGAGGUACAUGCCACUCUGCCCGGCGACAGCCACCGUGUUGAGACAACAGAGCAAGAGCAGUCCGCAGAGGACAAGGAGCCAAAGAAAGAACGAGAGGAGGAGGAAGAGAAGGAAGAGAAGGAAAAAGAAGAGGAGGCCCAGUCAACCAGCAAAUGUAGAGAACCUCCACCGCGAAUCUGGAUCUGUGAGGGAGGCUACAGGUCUAGUGAGGAGUACGUGUACGUGCGGGGUCGAGGCAGAGGCAGAUAUGUGUGUGAGGAGUGUGGCAUCCGCUGUAAGAAGCCUAGUAUGCUGCGUAAACACAUCCGCCUGCACACUGACUCACGACCCUACGUCUGCAAGCAUUGCAACUUUGCCUUCAAAACCAAAGGGAACCUGACUAAACACAUGAAGUCCAAGGCCCAUGGGAAGAAAUGCCAUGACGGGCCAAUGACUGGCUCUUCCCUGGAAGAGGCUGAGGAAGGAGGCAGUGAAGACUGCUUAGUCUGGCCAGAAACAGGACAGGACGAGCACCAACACUCUGACGUCAGCGAAACUGAAGAAGACGACGAUGACAACGAGUAUGAUGAUGAAGAUGAUGAUGGUGAAGAGGAGUCCUGGUCCAAUGAAGACCCUUCCUCCACAAGCCACCUGAAGCCACCCAAACCCCCAAACCAGAACAGAACCACACCAGACCGGGACAGGACCAGACCAUCUGGGUCAAACCAGCCCAGCCAGCCUCAGAGGCUGAAUCCUCAGGAGCCAAGCCUCUGUUACCUUGCUGGUUCCCCCAGCAAGAAGAGAGCUCUGUUCUCCCGGAGGAGGCACCUGGACUGCGCUGGUCACCGCUCCCCACGCCACUGUCCAUCACCAACCCUAUCUCCAUCUCCAUCUCAUCGCCUGUCCUCAUCUCCAGCCCUAUCUCCAUCUCCAUCUCAUCUCCUGUCCUCAUCUCCAGCCCCAGCCCUAUCUCCAUCUCCAUCUCCAUCUCAUCGCCUGUCCUCAUCUCCAGCCCCAGCCCUAUCUCCAUCUCCAUCUCAUCGCCUGUCCUCAUCUCCAGCCCCAGCCCCAGCCCUAUCUCCAUCUCAUCGCCUGUCCUCAUCUCCAGCCCCAGCCCUAUCUCCAUCUCUAUUUCAUCGUCUGUCCUCAUCUCCAUCUCAUCGCCUGUCCUCAUCUCCAUCUCAUUGCUUGCCCUCAUCUCCAGCCCCAACCCAAUCUCCAUCUCCAUCUCAUCGCCUGUCCUCAUCUCCAUCUCAUUGCUUGCCCUCAUCUCCAGCCCCAACCCAAUCUCCAUCUCCAUCUCAUCGCCUGUCCUCAUCUCCAUCUCAUUGCUUGCCCUCAUCUCCAGCCCCAACCCAAUCUCCAUCUCCAUCUCAUCGCCUGUCCUCAUCUCCAUCUCAUCGCCUGUCCUCAUCUCCAUCUCAUCAGCUGUCCUCAUCUCCAUCUCAACACCUGUCCUCAUCUCCAUCUCAUCGCCUGUCCUCAUCUCCAUCUCACCGCCUGUCCUCAUCUCCAGCCCCAUCCCUAUCUCCAUCUCAUCACCUGUCUCGUGCUCACUCCCUAUCCCCUAGAGUGGACCUGUCUCCACUUCGCUGCCCUUCCCCUAGGCAUAACCUUUCUGCUGUCUCCUGCCACCCCUCUCAUCCACUACUCUCAUCUCUGCCCCCUAGUCAUAAACUGUCCCCUGCCCCCUGUCACCCCUCCCCACCCUCCUCUCUGUCUCUGCUAGGUUGUCAUGUCUCCCCCUCCCUAGAGAGACAUCCGUUCUCCCUAAGAGGCCUCUCACCUAUCAGGCCCAAGUCCCCCAGUGGUGGCUCCUCUGCCCCUCAGGUAACCAUCCCCGCUCAACACAGAACCCGUCUGCCCAGAGACCCAUCUUCAAAUCCCCACAGGGACAGACCUGCUACAGCUACAAGCUCCAAGGCACGGCUGAUGAAGAGCUACUCUGUUCAGGAGGAUGACGAGCUGCGUCCCCCUCUCCUGUCCCCCAGGACUAGACCAUCCCGAGGGGGCCAAGGGGGUGUCCUCAGCCACCUGCCUCUCCACUCCCAGCAGCUAGCCAGGACCGCCAACCUGCUGAUCCCCAUUGGGGGGAUCCACAUGGUACAGCCCAGGACCAGCCCACUCUACAGCUUGGUGACUAGCCCUGUGGCAGCAAAGGACACUCCUACUCCGGCAAGGAUGGACCAGUCCAUGACAGCCCAGAACACCCCUACCCCUUCAGAGAUGGACCGGUCCAGGAUCAGGAGAGCUGGACUGGACGAAGUGCCACUUAGUUGGCCUUCAUCAUUGAAGGACCAUCAGAACAGUCUGAAAGAGGCUGCUAGGCCUAGCACUAGCAUGCACACCAGUUACCAGGACAACAGGGUAGGAGAGGGAGGGGCCGGGGCCAAGUGCAGACAGUCAACACCUCUCCCAGACAAGGCAGGUAUGGCCCAUGUACACGUGUGCACCAUGAGACCAGAGAAUCAUGGGAGUUUGAGUCGAAGGGAAGAGACUAAACUCCUGUUCACUGGGACAGAGGUAGCAGGCAGCUCACACACUACAGGCACCCGGACGAGCACUUUGUCCAAGGGAACCACACCCACAGAAAGAGAUACAGAUACACACUUUAGAGAAGGAAGUGUUUUUCCAGUGACUACCCAAGGCCAAAAGGAGCCGCCUUCUUUCCAGACUAAACUCUGAUAGGAAGGAGCACCUUUAGGGAACAGUGUUAACAGACUUGUCUUGGGGACAUCUGAUAUGGCAACGUACUUCCUACAUAGGGGAUACGGUGCCAUUUCAGAGACAGCCAUGAUCGCAGAGCUAGAAACAAUUCUGGUUUUGAGACUGAAGAAGACAAACGGAAUCCACAAGAAGAGCACUCGGGAGCGUACAGGGCUUCUGACUAUAAUGUGAUUAUGUAAUUAUAUGAAUAAUAUAUAGAUAUGUUGAAUAUGCAGUAUAUGUUUUGUAAUCUUUUUUUUACUCUCUUCUUUUGGUUAAUGGCAUUGCUGUUAAUGUAUUAUUGAUGUGCUCUUAUGCAAUUCGGUACUAUCCUCUGUGAGAUCUGGAAUGAAAUGUAGAUAAAGAUUUUAUUUAGUCAAUCUAUUCCCCCGUCGACAACUCUAUAAUACAUUAUACUGCUCUCGCUGUUUUUAUACUGUACGAUGUACAGGUGUAAGGUCUUCAUUUGACAUAUAUUGUCACAGCAAAAUGAUCCUGCAGCAACAGGAUUUGAACUUUUAGACAAUAAUGUUGCUUGAUCGGUGGGUGGGCUGGUCAGAAGGAGGCUACAUGAAAAGUGCAAUACUGUUAAUAUAACUGUGUGUUAGUGUGGGGUUACAGUGAAUUUAUGUAAAUCAAAAAGCUAAUAUCUGCAACAAAAGUGUGGUCAAAUGAAGAUCCUACUCCUGUACAACCAAAUAUAGAAAGGGACUAGACAUCUCACUCUGACCAGUAUUUUGAAGUGCAAUUUCUGUCAAGAUUGUGGCUUGGAAUGUUAUUCUUAAUGGCUGUGAUUUUUUGGUUUAUUUUAAAGCUGGAAUCCAUAAUGGUGAAACCACCACGUCCGUGUGCGAUAUUACAACAAAGAAGUUACUGCAAACAACGAACACUGUUGUUUUUCACUCGAACAUCAUUGCACGUGCGAUAGAACAGCAGAAUUUACAACGGUGGGCCGACGCUCCUCACCUCCGCUUCGUCAACAAAACUAAAACAACGACCAAGGGGCAGACAGUGGCACCGUUUUCCAUACUGUGGAUUCCAUAUUUAAAGAUGGUUCAUUUUUUAUAUGCUGCCUGGCUGUUUUGAAGAAUCAGGGUUAGAAUAAUAUCUUAUUUUCUACUAUCUCGUUGAGAGUAAAUCUUGGAAUAGGAACACGCAUUCGGGGUAGAAAAGCUAACUCCACUCAUUGAAUAUUCAUACAAAUAUAUCUUGUUUUGAUCAUCUGCUGUACAUGAUGCAGUCUAUAUUUAUUGCCAUAAACACAGUAAUAACAGGUCGUUUUUAUAAAGGAAGCAGUUUCCAUAUUUGUCGUUUUCAUGUGUCUUUUACCAUUAAAAUGAGUUUUUACAGAUUUAUA